AUGGAUAAAUUACAAGAAAUAAUAGAAUUCCCAGUGACAAUUCCUAAUCAAAAGAAACCAUAUCAAUUAAUUCAAAUAUCAUCAAUAAUUAAUGUUAUUACUUCAUUAAUAGUAGGAGUAAUUACUGAUUCAAUUAAAAAUAUUUGUAUUUCAUUUAUUAUUCAAUUUAUUAUAUUAUUAUUAAUUGUUUCACCAAAUUGGUUAUUUCAAUCAGAACCUUCAUUGGAAUGGUUAACUGUAAAGUUUUAA